AUGCGCUUCUCAAACCUCUUGCUCGCACUCACGGCCAUGGCCGCCUCAGUCCAUGGCCAACCUGAAGACUCCAACCUUGACGAUAUCCGACCAGGCCACAUGGAGGACAUGUCGCUACUACCCUACGAAACCGUAANNCAACGCUGCAUCAAACUCCAUAUGCCCCUCGCCUGGGUCGGCUACGAAAAACAACUCGACCUUUUCUGCGACCACUCCACCGGUGCAUGGCAUCAAAGAGUCCCUGAGUGCAUCAAAGACGAGUUACCUUCCGAUCCUACAGCCGCAAUCAACCAAUACAACGCCUUCAACGCCGCACUCUGCUCUGGCUGGGCAGGUCCAGAGAUGCCCAUGACCACUAUUCUCUCAGCCGACGGCAGCGCAACAACCUCCACAAUCUAUCCUACGCAAUCACAGCAAAAGGAUCGAUACCAGUUGCCGGAAUUCACGCCUAGGCACUCGAUAUAUACGAGUCAUGCGUGCUUGAAUGGGAAAGAGGGGUGUCAUACAGCAACCAUUGGCAGGAAA